UGAAGGUUCGUCGCGCAAAAAUGGCCUCCUUCUUCCUGGCUCGGAGUAGCAGACCAAACCCUAAUCUCCUCCGCCUCGUUCGUUCGAACCCCAUCGAGAACCCUAAUUGUUCUACCCCCAUCUCUUCUUCUAUCUUCGGAUCGCACCAGAUCCUUCGGAACCCCGUUGCUCCUUCGCCGAUUCCAGUAAACGCCAACUCUUUCUCCACUCUCCUCGCCAAUCUCCGAUCUCGAUCGAUCCAUGGGAGAUUCCCCUCGAUCAAAAACGAUAGUCCUGAUUCUUACACUUCCCUCCGCAGACUAUAUUGGCAUAAAACUCUAAGAUCUGAAGCUGGCUAUGCGGCCAGAAGCCUCUCUACCGGCCCCGAGGGCGAGGGCGAGCCUCCGGCCCCAGAGCUCCGGCACCAGGAGAUUGUUGGGCCUACGGUAGAGCGCGACGAAUCGGCCCUCGCCAACGAGACUCGCGAGGUUCUCGAUGGCCUCGCCAGGAACAUCUACCGGCUCAGUUCGGCCGUUGCCGUGCUUGGCGUUGCCCACCUCGGCCUCGGCGCGUGGAUCGUAUACUCCGUCCGACCGCCAAACGAGGUCUUGGUCCAGGCGUUCGCGGCCUUCGGUUUCCCCUUCUCGGUGGCGUUCCUAAUGCGACGGGCCGUGAAGCCGAUUGUGUUCUUCAGGAAGAUGGAGGAGCUGGGGAGGCUUCAGAUUUUGACGCUGGCUCUCCAGGUCUCAAAGAAUCUGAAUCUCCUGUUUUUGAGAGCUCGCGUCGUCUCUUUCUGCUGCAUUAUUGGCAUUUCUGCGGGGUCUUUGGCAGCUCUUUUUGGUCGGUAACAUCAUCUCCACCAGCGGUCAACGUGGAAGACAUCGGAGGAUGAGCUGCGUAACAGAUCGUUCUCUCCGUUAUACAAGAAUAGGCGAAAUAUUUUGGAAAGGAUUUGCGGCCG